AUGCCGCUGAUUUCUUCUGACAAAGACCUCCCUAAAUUGCUCGACACACCAACAAAGCAAGUCGAAUGGGCAAAGAAACUGGUCGCUGAGCAUCUAGGCAGCGCUGCAAAGCAUAUUGACAAACCCCCCAUGCAGGGAAUGUUCAGUAGGACCCUGUUCUUGACCUUGGCGGAUGACCGUGAGGUAGUGCUACAGUUUCGCACUGAGUCACUCGAGCUGGACGCUUUCAAGAUUGCGAGGAAUGCUUUAGGCUCCAUCGUGCCCGAUAUCAGAGCUUUGGAGGACAAGGCGCUUCUAAAGGAAUAUGUUUGGGCUUAUUCCCUAACCCGUCUCGAGGCCGUCGAUGGCAAGAUCCGACCCCAUCUGGAGGCCAUCUUGGCAUCGCCGUUACAGGAAAUCCUCCCGUACCGGCAUGACUUUCAAGGUUUCCUUGAUAAGCUGGAACAGCUGAAAGAGCUCCCGCUUUGGGUCGCCCACUACGACCUUAACGACCUGAGCAUUCUGAUCGACGAGGAUUGCCACGUUACCGGCUUGAUCGACUGGGAGCUGUCCUCCCCACGGCCAUUUGGAGUUGGCUUCGGUCGCAUUCACACCUUCGCGGGUGAAAACACCGGCGGGGAGUUUUGGAUGCCUGAUGAAUUUGAGGUUGCGGAACGGGCCUUUUGGAACGAGUUGUUUGAUGGGAUGCCAGCAGAUAUUCGCGACAUAUUGAAGAAACAGAUGGUCCUGGUCCAGGAUGCAGUCAUCCUGGGGACUUUCUUGAAUUGCUUCUUCUUCGAGGACGGGAAGGUCGGCUUUAGCCAGGUUGCUCUAAAGGCUCUCCCCAAGUUUCUUACCUAUCGAAUCCCUUUUGUCAGAGGGAGUGAGGGCCUCUACAGAGAUUAG